ACGGGACGGGAGUUCCAACUCUCAAGUUUUAACUGCUUCGAAAAUUUGGAAGCUGGAAGCUAAAGCAUAAUUCCCCAAAUUCCUUCAACGCCGGCCGGCCCGACUGUAAAUCGAAGGCCGAGAAAUUCCCGCCAUCGCCGUCCUUCUUCCAUCAAGCGGCGCGUAAAUUCUUUUUGAUGGGGAUGCAGUGGUUACUGGUCUGCCAUGGUCUGAUCACCCUGCUGGUUGUGAUCUCGUUUCUCUGCGGUCAAUGGCCAAUCUUUCAGGGGACUUUCAUCGAACGAAUCCACUACUUCCUCACUUUCGGCGCUUACGAUUACUUCCAGAGGCUUGUUGGGGCUGUGUUUGGGAGCAAAGGCACCAACUUCAUCCUCUCCAUCGAGUAUUUCUGCUGCGAUCGCCCUAAUCCUAUUCUUCAGAUUUUGUAUGUGGCAAUAAUUGGAGGAAUUUAUUACAUGAUUGCAAAUUCGUGUUUUAGCUACAUGCCUGGUUACUAUCUAAGUGGAGCUCACAGAUAUAUAAGCUUGAUGGGAGUUGUUGUUGGUAUUCUGUUUUUCAUUUUAACAAGCUUUUCUGAUCCCGGGAUAGUGAAGCCUGAAAACGUCUUGCAAUAUCUGAAUGCAUAUCCUUAUGACGAAGUCCUAUACAAGGAGAAAGAAUGUACCACAUGUAAAAUUCCAAAACCUGCUAGAUCAAAGCACUGCAGCAUAUGCAACCGAUGUGUUGCCCGGUUUGACCAUCAUUGUGGUUGGAUGAAUAACUGUAUAGGGGAGAGAAAUAACCGGUACUUCUUGGGUUUUCUUUUGUGGCAUUUGCUUUUGUGUCUUUAUGGAAGUGUUGCUGUAGCGUUGGUUCUUGCAGGGCGAUUGAAAGAACUGAGAGUUGUUUAUAUUUUAACUGUUUACUAUGGAAUCGAGAAUACAUUUCGCGAUUUGGCUCCUCAUGUUGUACAAUGGCUGUUGAGAUCCUACAACACUCAAAUACUUCUCAUGAUCUUUCUCGCCAUAGUUUCUCUCUUAUUAGCCGGAUUCUUUGGCUACCAUGUCAACCUUUGUCUCACCAACACCACAACAAAUGAGACUUUCAAGUGGCAGGAGCACCUAACCUGGCAAAAGAAGCUAAAUGAAGCUCGAGCAAGCGCUGCGGCACUGAAAGCAAGCAUCAGCGACUUGCGCAUGGAAGCAAAGCCUCCGGAAAGCAAAUGGAAAGCCUUUUUCCGAAAAUCCCCACUUGAAGAUGCCGUGGAGGCCAUUGCCAAGCAAAACACAUACAACAAGGGAUGGUUCAGCAAUCUUGGUGAGGUCAUCUUUCCUUUCUCAUCAAGACCGUCGUUUUCUCAGACGAAAACAAAGGCUGGCUGAGUUAUACACACAAGGAGAGCUCUGUUUCCCUGCCCCAUUCCUCCGCUCAUAUGACCAUCUGGAAAUGGGAGAAAUUGCAGCCUUGAAAGAAAUGCAUGAAGGAAGCUGUUGAGAGCCAGCCAUGCAAACAUUGCUUUGUUCAUGGAUUUUGUUCUUGGCCUUUGGCUAUACAAGUUUUCGUUAUAGGGGGAAAAAACACUUCUUUUAGAUGUAUAAUGUAUUCCAGCCGUUGCCAUGCUGCCUAAAUAUCCUGUGUCGGAACUGGUACUACUAGAAACAGAUUCCUGCCGUAUACCCAAACUCUCACUUACUAAUAUCAACACUUGGUCAUGUUAAAGCUAUGUUCCUUAUCUAUGGCUCGUCGGCAACGUCUGCAACUAGAAUGACCCCUUCCUCUAUCAAGCGAGCUGCGGCCGAGGGCCCGGUUUCAUAUCUCUAGCCCGUACAUAGGUAAGGAACUGGCCUGGCAGUUCUUCCAGAAGAGCCUGAACAGCAGAGAGCCGCCCACUGUGAACUUCUCGCAUGGGAACGAAUUGUACGAUGUCUCUGGUAGCCACUCGCCCAGUGGAACUCUCUAGACGACGACCAUUAUCACCAUCAAGGAUCUGCAGAAACAAGCAAAAGAUUACAAGUCGAUAAGUAGGGUGCUAAUGGUUCCGGUCAACCAAAAUCAAAACCACUGUUUUGGUUUUGCUGAACCGAAAUUAGAAAUUUUGGGCUUGGUUUCACCAAAGACCAAAAAUGAGUUUUCGACGG